CACAGCCGCUUCCAAAUCAGCCAGUGUCAGCCUUCCGAGGCUUUGUUCUACCCAUUCGAACUCCAUUGAUAUGUUAUAUCUACUGCAUUCCUUCGCACUAAGCGAUAGCCGUUCGAUAUGCGCUAGCUCAAACUUUCGAGAUGACAUGCCAAAUACCCGUUGAGCUGCAGAAUUCCUACCUCAACAGCAGCAACUAUCCAGCAAACCUCAUCCCUACUGAACUUUUCUCAAGCAAAUCGAAGCUUGUCUCGUACAAAAAGCGUCUCGAUGGGGUCGAGGCUGAAUUCUGUCUCCUGGACCACCAGGUUGGCAGGCUCUUCGAAAUACCUGUGAUCGAUAUCGGCACGGUUCAUAAAGAAGUACGCGGUAAAAUAUACGUGCAUUCACACUCGAAAGUCAUGGAAUGGCUUGCUGUAGAGGUCGUACAAGACGCAAAAGACCCCAACGUACAGCAUGUGCUCGCUCGAAAGAGAGAUCCAAGAUGCCGAUUCAUCUACUUCCAUGGUGAGCACUCACGCGCGCAGUUGAACAUAACCCGAGAAAGCCUCUGCCAUAUCCUGUCCUACCAUCAAAUCAUGCCCGCAUAUUUAGACUUCAUGCUGGUUUUCGGUGGGCAAAGCGAAGCCAAAGACCCUCGUUUCAGUGGGUUUCGUGAGCAAAUACGUCUCAAAACCCCAAACAAUGGGCACUCAGCACCCGAGUUAGGCCGGAGUGGCAAACAUUACCAGCUCUGCUACAACUUGAAAGGCGUACAAUUCAAGAAGGAGAGUAACGAGGACCUAAAACUUGAUGAGUGGUCAAUUAGAGAUGCUGCUAUCUACCACAGAUUCGACGUAGAAUAUGGGACGACACUGUGGAUUGUCACCAAGGGCGGCAAAGACUUACGCGACCGUUAUGAGGAACUUACUAGGCCAGCUGGUCGGCCAGGUCACAAGAUGUACGAUGACGCAACAUCAUGUUUCAAGUCAGCCCUUGUGACACAUUUGCUUUACUGUCAGUGGUCGACAGAGGACUGGAGAUGGUACAUUGUCUGGCUUGAAAGAGUGGUAGAGCAAGAGAGUAGGAUGGCCGUUGAUGGGCUCCGUGGCCCUGGCUAUGCAUAUCGACAAUACGAAGCAUGGGAUAUUCAAGAUCUGCAAUAUUGGCAAGACAAAGCCAAUGAAGCGGUCAUGGUCUUAGAGGCCAACGCCAAGAUCUUGACAACUCUACGCAAGUUCUACUCGAACCUGAUGGCGAACAGGAAUUUUCCUGAUGUGUUGAAAACAUCCUGUGAAGACCACUUAUCCGCCUUCUUUUCGCAGCUGGACGAAAUCACUGCAGAGUUUGACAUGCAACUAGCCCGAGCAAAGCUUCUCGUGAAUAUUAUCAGCGACAGGAAGCAGCUGGUAUUGCAGCAUCUACAAAGCCAAGUCUCGGAUCGAACAGAACAGCUCAACAAGAACCUCGAGAGAGAAACUGUCGUCAUGCGUAUCAUCACGAUCUUGACCUUGAUUUACCUUCCGGCCACUUUUGUCUCAACGUUCUUCAGCACAGAUAUCAUCAAGUUCCAAGACCAGAACCAGAACUCUGCUAACUACGACAACGGCUCGUUCUCCAACCUCGCCCUUGAGCGAUGGCUUCAGGUUACGAUACCGCUGACUGCUCUAACGCUCUUCGGUGCAUGGUCUACGUAUCGCUUCUACAGUAUAUCGGCAAGAGAUCUGACUUUUUUCGAGCGUUUGAAACGCGCGAUGUUGUAUACGGCACCCCCAUCCUCAGAAGCAGAUUCAUAUGAGCAAAUGCCUCCAAAUCAUGGCCCCAAUAACCCAAACGCAACCACUGAGGUCCCAGCAAAGCGAUUGGGGGCCUCCAUGUCUCGUUGGACUUCAAACGUACAGAAGUUCAGGAAGAGCCAUACUGUCCUCCCUCGAUAUGAAGGUAGUUCAGCCAAAGCUGGUUGACUGGUGUCGAUGCGAAGCUUUAGGUAACACGACCUUGAGGAAUUGCGGUAUCUUCUUGUGUGGCAGCCUUCGACAUAAGCCCACAGAUUGAGAACGUGGGCCAUCUCUCAUAGUUCUGCGCAUUAUGUGUCCGACUGCAGUGUCAUAAGCUGACGCUCGGUUGCGGCAGUGGGCGGGUCGAGGUACACACGGAAGGUGGGUAGGUAGGGCUUAGCGAACUGGCGUUCAUCGCUGCCCAGGUGCGGCAGGCCUCCAACAUCAAGAACUUUAAUUCCACAUCGCAUCCGUACUAUCGAGAAUAAUUCAAGCCAUUGCAUAUCAC